AUGAAAUUAGAUGAAAUAAAAAAAUGCUUUAAUUCUGAAAAUCACUAUAAACAGACGAAACAAAUCAAAGAUUAUAUUUUAGAGAACAACACGUAAGAGCAUCACUAAUAAUAAAGUGAAAUAACUAAAGUAGCAAUUCAAGCAGUAGGAAAUAUUUUGGAAGACACUAAAUCGUUACCUAUUUAAAAAGUCUUAUCUACAAGAUUAGUGAAAGAAAUAAUGGAUUGUCAUAUUGCGUUGGUUAUUGAAAAAGUAUAAAUUAAAAUCAUUCCGAUUUAUGAACAAACUCUAAUAAGUUAUUGCGACAAAGGACAAAAGCCAAAGCAAUACUUUUCUGAUCAACCUGAUGAACAACUAAUGGUUCUUAGUAACACAUUUAUAAGAUUGAUCAGUGAAUCUGUUUUUGUUUGGAAUAUUUGGCAUCCAGUUAUAGAAGGAUAAUAAUCAGCUUACUCAAGAGUUUACAAUAUAUUGGUUGCAAAAGGAUUGCAAUUUCCUAAACUAUUUUAUUUUAAUUCUUAAAAAGUGAAGGAAUUCUAUGUCCACUCAAAGGAAUAAAUGCAUAAUUCUCCAUUCGUGUACUCAAAUAAUAUUUAACCUGAUUUCUUCUACAUUAAAAAAAGAUUAGAUGUAAAUCAAUUCUAAUAAAGUGAUCUCAUUAUCAUUAGGAACGAAUUACUCUGUAAGUAAUUAAGAUUAUCACUUUUAGCAUUAAAAAACAGUGAUCUCAAUUCUAGUUAAGAAAAGUUCAUCAAAAACUUUGAAAUAGCUUAUAAGGACUUUGAAAAAACUUAAAGAUUUGAUGAACUUUAAAUAACGAUCUAAUCAAUGUAAAUAUUUGCUCUUAAUUUUUACAGUUGUUUGGAGUUUGAUGACGAAGUGUUUGAUAAAUAAGCAGCCAUAGAUGCAUUUUAAAAGAGAUUCCAAUCAAAUUAGAGCAAUUUCACUCCUUCCAAAUUACAUGUAGGUGCUGGUGGAUAUUCGACUGAUAAAAUUAGUCAAUUUUUAUCUCAUGGAAGUAUGAGUGUAAUUCAUCCAUUUUUAUUGUCUUAGUCUUAAAAUUCAUCGCCUAAUAAUAAUUAAAAGCAGCAACUGCAAAUUUUAAAUGAAAAAAAUAGAAGAAUCGAACAGUUAUUGUUAGAAAACUCUCUUUUGUAGAAAUAAAUAAAAAACUUUGAAGAUUAGAUUCACACUUUAAAACAAAAUCUAUCUUAAAAUAAUGAAUGA